AUGCCUGCUCCAUCUACAAUUUCACGAACCCCUUUUACACCCCUCCUCCAGCAGCGUAGCUACAGCGGCUGGGUGCAGCAACAGCAUAAACAGCAGAAGCAGCAGCUGCAAAUUCAGCAGAAGCAACUGCAGCUGCAACACCAGAAACGGCGAGAGCAGCAGCAGCUCCAGCAGCUCCAGCAGCAGCAAGGUUUGUUGUUUAAUAGACCAGAGAAGAUGACUGCUGCAAGUGUAGAGCAACGCAAUGGGGCCUCAAAGAGUUUUACCUUUGAACCUUUGGAGGAGCGGCCCUCUUUUCCUCAACAGGAGGAAUCGACGUUAGAAAUGUGGAAGAAAAAAGAAAUAUUCUCAAAGUCUUUAGAACUUGCAAAGGGAAGAAAACCUUUUUCUUUCUAUGAUGGUCCUCCUUUUGCUACAGGACUUCCUCACUAUGGACAUAUACUUGCAGGCACCAUCAAGGACGUUGUUUGCCGUUUUGCCCAUCAAAGAGGGCACUAUGUAGAGAGAAGAUUCGGUUGGGAUUGCCACGGACUCCCCAUUGAAUUCGAAAUCGAUAAAUUACUCAAUAUCAACACAAGACAACAAGUGCUGCAAUAUGGUAUACCCCAGUCAAUUGUGCUGCGCUACUCAGCGGAGUGGGAGAAAAUUGUUGGUGAGUCUGCUGCCGCUGCUUCGACUGGUGCCGGUGCUGCCCGAACGAACUGGGCGCUGGAUCGACUUUGCCGGCGGCUACAGAACUAUGGACAGAAAUUUUAUGGAGUCUGUUUGGUGAUGCCCUUCUCCACUGCAUGCAGCACUCCUCUAUCGAACUUUGAAGCAAAUCAAAACUACAAGGAUGUCAGCGACCCCUGCCUUGUCGUCGCCUUCAAGUGUACAGACACUUCAUUUUCCGCGGAACCAGUGGAAUUCACAAUUUGGACAACGACCCCUUGGACACUCCCCGCGAACUUGGCGCUGUGUGUACACCCAACGAUGACUUAUGUCAAGGCCUUCAUUAAACCCAGCAAACGCACCCUGGUCUUCGCGAAGGACCGCCUCGAAUUUAUGUGCAAGCAUCUGAAGUUGGAUGUUGCCGCCGAUGUUGAAAUUCGGGAAGAGUUCCCUGGAGAAAAGCUGCGAAAUUUGUCGUACGCCCCCGUCUUCGACUGCUUUGCCUCGGGCGAUUUCCCGUCAGCCUUUAGGGUUUGUGUGGACAACUUUGUUACUUCAGACUCAGGUACUGGUAUUGUCCACUGCGCUCCUGCCUUUGGUGAGGACGACUACCGCGUUUGCAUUGAGCAGAAGAUCAUACAAGUUGGGGGCCCUCUUGCAUGCCCAUUGGACGAGAGUGGUAUAGUGACGGGAGAUGUUCCCUUCUGCCAAGGUUUGCACUUUAAAGAAAGCAACAAAAAGGUUCAGGAGGCCCUUAAAGAACGUGGUUCUUUGCUAGCUGCAUGGACAAUUGUGCACGCAUAUCCCUUCUGUUGGCGGUCAGAUACGCCUUUAAUUUACAAGGCGGUUCCUUCUUGGUUCCUCCGUGUUGAGGACAUAAGGCAGCAGCUGCAGCGCUGCAACAGCUGCAGCAGAUGGGUCCCUCAAGUGCUGCAAGAUAAACGAUUUAAUAAUUGGCUAGCUGAGGCAAAGGAUUGGUGUAUCAGCAGAAACAGAUUCUGGGGAACGCCUCUCCCGCUUUGGGUCAGCGCAGAUUUCUCCCAGAUCGUAUGCAUAGGAAGUGCUGCCGAGUUAGAGAAAUACGCAGGACGGCCUUUGCCUGAUUUACACCGCGAUGCAAUCGAUGACAUCAAAAUUCCUGAUCCAAGAGGCCCUGAGUUCCCUCCCCUUCAAAGAGUUGAAGAGGUCUUUGAUUGCUGGUUUGAGAGCGGUUCUAUGCCUUAUGCCCAGCAGCACUAUCCCUUCGAGAACCAAAAGCGAUUUGAGGAAACUUUCCCCGCGAACUUUGUGGCUGAGGGCCUUGACCAGACUCGAGGGUGGUUUUACACAAUGCUUGUUCUUUCAACAUCUCUCUUUGACAAACCUCCCUUCCAAAAUCUUAUCGCAAAUGGAUUGGUGUUGGCUGCUGACGGGAGGAAGAUGAGCAAGAGGCUGCAGAAUUAUCCACCUAUUACCGAUGUAUUGGACUCCUUGGGGGCUGAUGCUUUGCGUCUCUAUUUAUUAAAUUCUCCUGUUGUAAAGGGAGAAACACUUAACUUUAAGCAAGAAGGUGUUAAAGACAUCAUUAAGGAUGUACUUCUGCCCUGGUAUCAUGCUACAAGGUUUUUAAUUCAAGAGGUAAUUCGUUAUGAAUCUGCAAGCGGCAAGAAGUUUGAAGUUGCAACAGAAGAAGCUGAAAAAAACAGAAAAAAUUGCAUGGAUAGGUGGAUUUUGUCGGAGACGCAACGUAUUAUAAAGUUUGUUACGGAAGAGAUCGACAACUAUCGACUGUACACUCUGGUGCCGCAACUCCUUUCCUUCCUCGAGCUGCUCACCAACUGGUAUUUGAGGCUGAAUAGAGACCGCAUGAGAGGAGGUUCAGGUCCUGAGGAAGCACUUGAAGCCCUGCAAACCCUCUUCUCCGUGCUGCUGACGACCGUUGUGUACAUGGCUCCUUUAACUCCUUUCUUAAGCGAGUUCCUCUACCAAGCCUUAAAGAAGGGCCUCCCUGCAGGUCAUUCCUUAUAUGCUGAAAGUGUCCACUUCUUGCUGCUGCCUCCUCCUAAAGAAGAACUCCGCGACGAAAGAGUUGAAGAAAAAAUGAAACGCAUGCAAAGCGUUAUCGUCAUGGGGAGAACAUUAAGAGAGAGGCGCAGGGUCUCCUUGAAGACUCCUGUCUCUUUGUUGCGUUGUCUUGUUGCAUCUGAGGAACAUCUUAACGAUCUGUUGGAGACAGAUAAUUAUAUUAAAGAGGAAUUGAACGCGUGCGAGAUGGAGGUCUCAGUUGACAAGACGGAGGCACCAUUAUCUCUUACAUUAAACUUUAAGGCCCUUGGCCCUCGUGUAGGCAAGGCGAUGCAGCAGCUGCAGGCAGCAGCAAAGCGUUGCACGCAGGAGCAGCUGCGCAUGUUCGAUAAGGAAGGAAAAAUAGAAUUGGCGGGCAUUACUCUCUCUGCUGAGGACGCAUCCUUACAGAGGGAACUACCUACUGUUGAUAACCCUAACCUUGCUGUACAUUGCGACAGAUCUGCCGUCGUCAUCAUGGACUUCACAGCAGAUCCCGCUCUGCAGCGCAAGGCUAUUGCAAGAGAGAUAGCCAAUCGCGUACAGAAGCUAAGAAAGGAGUUGCAGCUGCAGCAGCACGAUGAGGUGCCAAUGUAUGCGUCAUCUACGGAGUCUUCUCUUGCUAAUGUAUUAACAGAAGAAGCAUCUUAUAUAGAAACUUGUCUAAGAAGACCAUUAAGAAUUUAUCCACAAGAAAAAAGAAUAGAAGAAACACAAAUACUUUUCCAGCAUACAUACACCGUAGCAGGGUCACCUCUUACCCUCACCUUUCUUAAGAAUUAA